AUGCUGCGGUUUCCUCCUGCCCCGUCGCAGUCUGCGCGGCUGCUGAUGGUAAUUGUGGUGGCGGUGUGUUGUGGCUGCAGCUGCGUUGCUGCGGGCCCGGUGUCGUACCCCUGCAGCUUCGAUGAGGUGAUGCGGGGUGAGAAGUUGUUGUCUGCCCCGGUGGUGAAAGUCGUCCCUUCGGCAGGUGAGCCCCAGUCGGAGACGUACGUUGUCGUGACGGAGAAGUGGGCGCCGAUCCGCAUUGUGGCGUCAAUGAAGGACCUGGAGGAUAAGAACAAGCACUGCGGGUUGCCUACGGGUUACAAAUCGAAUUUGCGUGGCGGAACUGUCAGCUGUUCACGAGAAGACGUUUUAACUCGAAAUGGCAAGAAAGAAAUACUCACCAGCGCCAUUAAUGUCGCCAUCAAACUGCACGCGGACCGUCUUCUUGUCCAGCCGCUGAAGGCUCCGUUGAAGGUGCCAAACUUCCCCGAGAAGAGCAUUUGCAGGCAGUUCACGGUGCCUGAUGUGCACCGUUCCGAGGGCGUUAAGGAUGCCGACAUGGUGCUGUACGUGGCGGCUGCGCCGGGCGGUGUGUGGGCGUUGCCGUGCGCCACGCUGGAUAACGGCCGCCCAAUCGUUGGGGUUGUGAACUUUGGCCCGGCGGAUCUGCGUUUUCUCCGGCUCGCCACUCGCAUCGCCGCGCACGAGAUCGCCCAUGCCUUGGGGUUCGCCUACGGGAAGAUGGUGGCGAGCCGCAUGGUGUCGAAUGUGACCAGCGUGCGUGGCAGGGCGUUGUCGGUGGUGGUGAACUCGACGAACGCCGCGAUGGCUGCGAGGGAGCACUACAACUGCAAAGGCAUUCAGGGCAUGGAGCUGAAUGACUUCAAGGGGGACGGGACGGGGCUGGAGUCGCACUGGUCACAGCGCAACGCGAAGGACGAGCUGAUGGCUCCGCUCGGGGGUGCCGGCUACUACACGGAGCUGACGCUGGCCGCCUUCGCCGACUUGGGCUACUACAAGGUGAACUGGGCG